GCUUGGCUGCGGGCGGCAGCGGCGUCUCCAUGCGGUCGGAGCGGGAUCCCGGGCCGGGGUUCGUGAGGGGUGGCGGCCGCGAGAAGUGGCCCAUGGACAUCCCGCUGCGGAGGGACUCUCCGCGUCGGGACACAGAGGCUCCGCCAAACCAGCUACCGCCGCCAGCCCCCCCUUCCCCGCCCUCCCCGCUGCCGCCGCCGCUUCACCCGGCGCCGGGUAAACAGCGAGAGGAGAAAAAAACGGCUUUGAGCAAAGUAGUUAUUCGACGCCUUCCUCCUUGUCUAACUAAGGAGCAGCUGGAGGAACAGCUACAUCCUCUCCCUGCCCAUGAUUAUUUUGAGUUUUGCACUGCUGAUCCCAGCCUUUAUCCUCAUCUCUACUCAAGAGCAUACAUUAACUUUAGAAAUCCUGAGGACAUCCUCCUUUUUAGAGAUCGCUUUGAUGGCUAUGUCUUCAUUGAUAAUAAAGGUUUGGAGUAUCCUGCAGUGGUUGAAUUUGCUCCAUUCCAGAAGAUUUCAAAAAGGAAGCUGAAGAAGAAAGAUGCUAAAGCUGGGAGCAUUGAAGAUGAUCCAGAAUAUAGGAAAUUUUUAGAGAGUUAUUGUGCUGAUGAAGAGAAAAUCUGUGCCAAUCCUGAGAUUCUUUUGGGAGAGAUUGAGGCCAAAACAAGGGAACUCAUUGCUAGAAGAACAACACCCCUAUUGGAAUAUAUUAAAAAUAGAAAAUUAGAAAAGCAGAGAAUACGAGAAGAGAAAAGAGAAGAACGAAGGCGGAGAGAACUGGAGAAGAAACGUCUGCGGGAGGAAGAGAAAAGGAAGCGCAGAGAAGAAGAAAGACGUAAAAGAAAAGAAGUAGAGAAGCAGAAGAAAAUCUCUGAAAAAGAAAUAAGGAUCAAGCUUCUCAAGAAGCCUGAAAAAGGAGAUGAACUGGCCAGUGAAAAGCACAAAGAAAAAGGUGAAGAAGCUGACAUUGAGGAAAACAAAUGGGAAAAAUCACCUGGAUCUGGGAAUAUAAGAUCCAAGUCUUUGGAGGGUUCGCUAAAAGACCUUAAGGAAAAGUCACAAAAUGACAGUGACAAAGAGCAAAGGGAUUUGGAGAGAAGAUUUCGAGAAAAAGAACCUGAGAGACAAAGGUAUCGAUUGGAUGAUGGCAGAAAGCAUAGAGCUCACUAUGAGUUUGACAAGUUUGUGAGAAGGAAUGAAGAAGAGCUGAAAUGGGGGAAAGGAUACAGUCAAGACAGAGGAAAGAAAGGGAACUACAGCUACAGCUUCACUGUGGAGGCAGUAGACAAACUGGGUAAAGAGGACAAGUGUGAUGACAUGGCAUCCACAAAGGAGCGCAUAAGAAAUAAGGAUCGCCCAGCCAUGCAGUUAUACCAGCCAGGAGCUCGCAUUCGAACACAUAUGGGAUGUACAAGUAAAACCUAUGACUGCAGUGGGAGACCUUUUGAAGAUGCUCUUGAUAAAAGGUAUGACGCAGAUAAUUCAGCUGGAGGGGGUUCUGAGAAGAACGAAGAACCAGAAUAAAACAAACUGGAGGAAACACUUGUGGAAAAGGAUGAACUUAAGAUUCAGUGUCACUACACAAAAACUCCAUGGAGCUGUUCCAGAAUUCCACAGGUGCUUGCAUCAACAAAAUCAACAUAGUUCUGCCCCUUUCUUUCUGUAAAGUAAA